CCACCCAUGACAUCAUUGACGCAGAGGUGACCUGCAAAGCUGCCCAAAUGGAGGUGUCCAUCUCGAAGUGCAAGCUGUUCCAGCUGGGCUUCGAGCGGGAGGGGGUGCGGGUCAACGACCGCCACUGUCCCGGCAUCGAAGGGGAGGACUUCAUCUCCUUCCAGAUCAACAACACCAAGGGCAACUGUGGCAACGUGGUGCAGUCGAACAGUACACAUAUUGUGUACAAGAACACGGUGUGGAUCGAGAGUGCGAACAACACAGGCAACAUCAUCACCCGAGACCGGACCAUCAACGUGGAGUUUUCCUGCGCCUACGAGCUGGACAUCAAGAUCUCCCUGGAUUCGGUCGUGCGGCCGAUGCUCAGCGUGAUUAACCUGACGGUGCCGACGCAGGAAGGGAGCUUCACGACCAAGAUGGCCCUGUACAAGAACUCCUCCUACAAGCACCCCUACCGGCAGGGCGAGGUGGUGCUCACCACCCGGGAUGUUCUCUACGUGGGGGUCUUUGUCGUUGGGGCCGAUUCCAACCACUUGAUCCUGAUGCUGAACAAGUGCUACGCGACCCCCUCACGGGACAGCAAUGACAAGCUGCGCUACUUCAUCAUCGAGGGAGGGUGA